CUUUACAUUCAUGUCUAUAUGUCCGAUUAAUUGAAUUUAGACAUGCAGGGACCGUAGUUGUCACUGAAGUGCACAUGUGCACACAUACACGUGUAUGUACAGGCAGCGCGUCAUCACAGGAAGUGUUGGAUACACAUGUUGUCGUCUCAUCGACACAAUGCUGGUUGUUGUGUAAAGUUAAGAAAAUAAAUGCUAAAUUGAUACACUGAACCGACCCUAUCGCAGCUGAGAAGCUGUUUUUUACGGUUCUUCCGGACUACAAAUUGGAAAUGCGGCUCGUGUGGAAGUUCCGCCCGCUGUGUUUCCUCUCCCCCAGUCUGUGGUCUUUCGUCUCUCCUAAAACACUGUCCUUCACAGGCUUUUGCAAACGUCGUCCUUCACAGUCCCUGUCAGCAACAAUAUAGACGCGGUGAUAGGUUGUAAGUGCGUGAAGGGGAUUUCCCCCCGUGUGAAACAUCUGGACAGACCAUGCACAACGGGGCUCGUUAUCUCAUAUUUUUUCAAUACAUUGGAAAAAAAUACAGGGGUGCAGUGAAAGCGCCUUCCAAUCAGCUGGGUUGGAAGGGGGUCCAGGACCACUUGGAGGAUGCGAUAGGAAAGCUGAAGCCGCUCAACACAGUGUCUCUGUCAGUCUCCAGCAGGACAGACACGGGUGUCAACGCUCUCUCUAACUCCGCCCAUUUCGACCUCCAACGCAGGAAGGACAAGCCGCCAUUUACUGCAGAGAUUCUUGUUGAAGCUCUCAAUUUCAAUCUCGGGGCUGAGCAGAUCAGGAUCACGCGUGCCCACCGCGUGCCUGAUGAUUUUCACGCUCGUUUUCGUGCCCAGUCUCGGACCUACGUCUACCGAAUAGCCUUGGGAAUCUCACACAACUCUAAGCUUCCCCUCACCGAAAGUGAUCUCUGCUGGAACCUCCGCGACAAGAAGCUGGAUGUGGGAGCCAUGCGUGAGGCUGCUGCGCUGCUGGUUGGGACUCAGGACUUCAGCAGCUUCAGGGCCGUCAGCUCCGACAUUCAUAUCAUAAGUCCUCUGAAGACGCUGGAUGUGGCAACCGUAGAGCCAGGAAGCUCCUUCGUAAGCGCCCACUUCCACAGAGAGAUACCAUUCUGGGAGCUGACCUUUACAGCCAGAUCCUUUCUCUACAAGCAGUUUGGAAACCACUGCUCCAGCAUCAAAUGUGCGGAGGAUGACGGGGGCUCUAGUUGCUGUAGGCCGGGGGCAGCUCUCAGUGCCCCAGCUGCAGGGGAUACUGGAAGCUCGGGACUCUCUUUCCUACCCACGAGGAAUUGUUGCUCCGGCCCGCGGCCUCUUCCUCACCAGGGUGGACUACAAAGAAACUGAUAUGCAGCUUUCCCAACAGACAUCAGAGGAGCAAUUUACCUCCAAUGGAAACUCAGAGGAUUAAUUGUUUCAUCCAGUCAUGCUGAUCUAGUCUUUCUAUAAUAUAAAGGCUUAUAAUAAAGUUUUAUAUUGAUGUUUA